AUGACAGGCUCAUUCUGGAACCACGUCCUAUCAUUUCGAAGACCAUCCUCCUCGACUUCAAUAUCUACAACAUCCGACUCUAUAGAUUCCUCCUCAAGCAGCAGUGUUCGAUCCGGCCAUAGAAUAUCCCGAAAGCGACCAGAAUUAUUUGGUGAUUUCGAGUAUUCCUUCAAGAACGACAGUAUGAGUGCGCAUAUGCAAGAACCUCUGGGGGCGGAGAGGAAUUCCUUGGGUAAGGAUACGGGAUUUCCAGAGCCUUUAAGUCAUGAUCGUAAUACAACUUUACCACAUCCCGAAGCAGAUACCUCCCCAUACGCAACACUUGAAUCCACAGAACUUGAUCUCUAUCGUUCUCAUUCACGACUUUCCCUCAAAAGACUUCAUAGCAAACAUAAAGGAUCAAAUCUAAGCGUGCCCUUACACGAUAACAUCCAGUAUUCAGAUGGUACUCAUGAACAUGGCGAUUUGAAGACGAUAGAAAAGGACGUUGAGAAAAGGGAUGACCUGGUCGAUCCACCGAAGACUGUAGAGGAAUAUGUAGAAAUCGAGGAUGUAGAUGAUCAGGGAUAUAAGCCUGGAGAAAGAAAGAGGGGUGUGUUUAGGAAGUUGAAUCUACACAAAGUUUGA